AACCGAUGUUUAACGAAGCUCGCGAGUUCCGUGUGUGUUAAGUGUUCGUUGGUGUUUAGUUGGUGCGCCUCGACUGGGCAAAAUCGCGUAAAAUGGAAACAGAAUUUCGUUGUGAGGUUGAGGUUGGCCGUUGAAAAUAGUGAACAUGGGAAGGUCCAAGUUUCCCGGGAAGCCGCCGAAGACGGUCACCAGGAAACGGAUUAAAGUUCUCGGCCAGCCUGAGACAGUCCAAAGCGAUUCGGUAACCGUCGCCGAGAACAUCUACUACGGACUUUCCCUGUUCAACGAAACAUUUGGUGACAACGAGAAGGAACAUCCACCAUUCCAUGGUUUUAGCACCAAAGAGGCUAAUCUAUCCGUGUCUUACGUAAAAACGCAACAACAUGACACAGAAAAAGGAACAGUUAAAUCACCACCAGAUGCUGUUGAGAAUCCUAUACCAAAAUCAAACGAACAAAAUGUCACGGAUACUAAAAAUUCUCCUCCAAGUACUGAAACUAAUACAGAACAGUUAUGCGAUAAAAAUAUAGAACCAGCCACAGAUAUUAAAAAAGAUGAGACCAUAGUAAAUUCCAAAUGUGCUUCUAAAUUUCAUAGAUCUAAAAAUCGUAGAAGUUGCAAAAAUAUAAAAUUCUCCAAUUUUAUGAAAACGCCAGUAUUAAAAUCAGUGAACAAUAUCUUAGAUCAGCAUCAACGAACAAGACAACUACGUAACAGUACUGCAAAGAGAUUACUACAAAGGGCGAAAUCUAAUAGUAAUAAUGCGCGCAAUAUGACUACGCAAUGCGGAGACAAACAAAACGCUGUAAGGAAAUUUAUUUUACCAGUUCGAAGCGCCCAUUCGUCGAGAGUUAUUAAACCAAAUAAAAGAUUUAUCGAAGAAUUGGAAGAAAUUUCUGGCACUGAACACAGCGAAAAUGAAAUUGGUACGCAUGCUAAGAAAGCUAAAUUUGUAUUAAAUAAAUUUUGUAAUCAGGAUCCAAAAUUAAAGGAAGGAACUAUUAGUAAAUUAUGUACAAAAUUGAAAGAUAAAGAAGUAAGAAAUAAAACUAAAAAAGUUGUAAUUCAAUCUGUGAAAAGUUGUGAAAAAUUAGCACCUUCCGUACAAGAUGCGCAAGUAUUAAAAAUCGUUAAUACAGAUGUAAAAAAGAAUAAUGUAUCAAAUAAAAAUAAAGCGUUAAAAUCUCCAUCCGACGAAUCGAGUAGUACUCAAGAUUGUUCGCAAAAUACAAUUAAGAAAGCUCAAAAUUUAAGAUUAACUACGUCCAAAAGUCAGAAACCAAUUUCUGUUCCUACAAAAGUUCUUCCUGAUUCUGAUGUUCCAAGUUCAGAGUCUUCCAGGAUUCAAACAAGGUCAGGAACUCAAAGCGAGGCCACUGAUCUACAAGUUGAAACAAAUUCUGAAGAUACUGUGAAACUAAAAGAAGAUACUAGUGCAAAGAAUCAAGGUAAUUCUGAUAAUGGAAAUAAAACUGCAGAAGGAAAUUCAGAUAAUUUUGAUACAGAAAGUACGUUAUCUGAAAGUGGAAGUGAGCAUAGUAAUCAUACAGAGGAUGAGCAGUCAGAGUGGACUGGAAUGAAGUUAAAUGGUGGAAAAGUCAUUUUAAGAAAAGCAAGAUUAAAGUUAGAUAAUAAAUGUGUUGGUGGUACUGAAGGGCCUUUUUCAACAACAAAUAAUAAUAAUGUCACGAAUGGAAACACCAACUUGGGUUUAACAGGUACUAUCAAAUGUGGCGUUUGCGGUGCUGUGCGAUUUUAUCGAUUUGUAAAACAAGCUCGAAAAUUUGGUAUUCAUAGUUGUGAAUCAUGUCGGAAGUUUAUUAGUAAAAUGAUCAAGCGGCAGGCGUGUGCGAAGUCUACAAACAGUAUCCUCCCGGUUCUUCAAUGUCACAAAGGAGAUGGUUUAUGCUUAGUUCCACCUGUUGUAAGAAGUCAGCAAUGGAAUCUCAUGAGAUGUGUUUACAAAGCUAGAUGUCCGGCGUGUUGGUUAAAAAUGUGUUUGAAGUGUUAUAACAUUCCUUCGUCGCUGAGGACAGGUUUAAAUGCGCUACUACCACCAAUGAUGAGAGAUCCACUGAGUAUUCCUUUAUUGUUGAAUCAAGAAGAUAAUGAUAAUCAAGGACAAAAAUUAACAUCUUGUAAGCUAGAUUGGCCAGCAGAAGACAGUUCAGAGAAGAACUUAUUUAAAUCAGCAAUGAGUUGGAGAAACAUAGAAAUGGGUCAGAAAACCAGCUAUCAAGGCACUGCUGGUUUUUUGUAUACAAAAUUAGAUAAAUUUGAUUCAUCACUGAAUAUAUCACCUAGCAAAAAGAGAAGAAAAAACAAUAGGAUAAAAGUGAGGAAGAAAAUAAAGAAUCCAAUGUUCUCUUCACCAUCUAUAAAUCAAUGUCCGCAACCCCUUAGACAGAGACUCGAAUUAAAGGGACCAAGAGUUAAACACGUUUGUCGAAGCGCAAGCGUUGCUCUUGGUCAACCAAUUGCUACUUUUCCUUCCAUAGAUGGAAAAGAGGAUACCGAAAGCAAUAAGCACAUUCCGAAAACGUUAAAAGAAAGCGAUAGGAUAGAGAAAAAGGAUUGCGCAAAAGAGAAAGAAUUGCAGAAACAUAACGAUGAAAAUACCGUGAAUGCAACCCAACAGUCUCAUCUAAAGAGAGGAAAGACACAGCAAAGUAUGGCAACAUCAAAUUUUCAAACAGUUUCUAAAACAAAUACCGAUACUCUACAUACAGUAUCGAUAGACUUUUGGGAACAGUACGAUCCUACCGAGGUUGGUGCAAAAGGUUUCGCCCUUAUCGGUUCAGAACUCUUUCAUAUUCCUGCUAUUUGUUACCUUUGUGGAAGUGCUGGAAAGGAACCACUCAUCCAUUGUCAAUGCUGUUGCGAGCCAUAUCAUGCCUUUUGUUUGGAACCCAGUGAAUGGAAUGCUUGUGCCCAACCAAACUGGUGCUGUCCUCGAUGUACAAUAUGCCAAUCCUGCCAUCUAAGAUCUGGUCCAAAAUUGUCUUGCAUUCGUUGUCGUCAAUCAUUUCAUCACUCGUGUUUGUCAAAGUCUGGUGUUAGUGCGAGACUAUACAGUCCUGAAAGACCUUUUGUGUGUCAAAGUUGUGUCAAGUGUAAGAGCUGCGGUAGCGAAGGAGUUAAUUUUCAUGUGGGCAAUUUACCAUUAUGCUCCAUGUGUUUUAAAUUACGUCAACAAGGAAAUUAUUGUCCCCUGUGUCAAAGAUGUUACAACGAAAAUGAUUUUGAUGCGAAGAUGAUGGAAUGCAGCGAAUGUUCCUAUUGGGUGCAUUCUCGUUGCGAAGGACUUUCCGACGAACGUUAUCAGGUUCUUAGUUAUUUGCCAGAUUCUAUUGAAUUUACAUGCAGCCAAUGUUCCUCUAAUCCUAAUUCUAUUUGGAGAAAUGCUAUAGAGGCUGAACUUAAGGCCGGUUUCAUAGGAGUCAUUAAGGCACUGAGUAAAAACCGUAAAGCUUGCGCAGCACUAAAAUGGAGUCCAAGAAAAGAGUGUUUGUGCAAACCUAUUCCCAACAUAAGAAGAUUAGAUUUUUCCAGUGAGAAGACGGAUUCGAACACAACAAAUACUAAAGAAAUUCAAAACAUAGAGGGGUCUGAAGAGUGUAAUAAUGACAAAUCUAAGGAUACCGAAUCUGGUCUCAAAAGUAAUUCAAAAUCUGAUGUAACAAGUAGACAGAAUGAAGAUCAACCAACUGAUUGUUCCAAUAGGCGGGGUUUAAGGCGUCUUCGGCAAAAGUUUCAUUUAAAAGAAUGUUCGGUUCGAGUAAAAAAUUGCGCACUGAAAGAUAUUCAAGAUAAUGAGAAAAAGGAUUCCGCGAUCCAAGAAAAUUCGAGUAUUAAUUUAAACGAUACAGAGUGUCAUUGUUCGGAUCAACAAAUUAUUGUUAGACCCUCGCCUACGUUGAUGUCCGUAAAGCGGAAAGUUAACAACAAUGAAUAUAAAACGUUGUUACAAUUUCACUGUGACAUGGAACACGUAAUUAAUUGUAUUGGAACUAAGGAACUGAUCGACGCCUAUCACGACAUUUUACAAGAAGUAUUCCCGUGGUUCAGUCCGAAAAAUACGAAAAGUAGUAAUGGGAAAAGUGAUCCGGUAACACUCGCCAAGGAUAAUAAUAAGGAUAACAGUCCAAGUAUAAAAUUUGGUGAUUCGGUACUCGAAGUAUGGAAGGAAGAAGUGAUGAAAACACCGAAAGCAAUCGCGACUAAAACAGCAAAUUUAUACAAUGUUAACGUCGAAGACAGUAGAUCGUGUUGUUUAUGCAAAGGUUUAGGGGAUGGUCAAGAAACAAAAGAAGGACGGCUUUUAUAUUGUGGACAAAACGAGUGGGUUCAUUCGAAUUGUGCGCUUUGGUCCAAUGAAGUAUUCGAAGAAAUCGAUGGUUCUUUGCAAAAUGUUCAUAAUGCUAUUUCAAGAGGUCGUUUAAUACGUUGUUCUGAGUGCGGAAAGAAGGGAGCGAGUAUUGGUUGUUGUGCAAAAAAUUGUAGUAAUACCUUUCAUUAUCCUUGUGCAAGGAACAUUGGACUUGCCUUCAAUGACGAUAAAACAGUAUUUUGUUCUUUGCAUUUAAGCAACUGCUCGCAUAAAACGUUACAAAAUGAAAGCGAAUUUAGUUUACGAAGGCCAGUAUACGUAGAACUGGACCGCAAGAAGAAAAAGUACGCGGAACCAAGUAAAGUCAAAGUUAUGAUAGGUUCGUUAAUGAUCGAUUGCUUAGGUUCAGUUAUGCCCGAGUAUUCCGAUGCAGUUGAGAAACUAAUACCUUGCGAUUAUAAAUGUUCCCGGCUAUACUGGUCCACAGUAAACCCAUUAAAAAUCGUAAGGUAUUACAUUAGAACGUAUGUGCAAGUUUACCUACCCGAAUUCUCUCCUGACUUAGAAAAUAAUGUAACCAUCGAUCAUUCUAAAGAAGAAGAAAAGGAGGACAUCCUGGAUACACAGAAAACAGAAUAUCUAGCUGUGAAACAAACGUUGGAUGCUUUAAUCGACACGGUUUGUAAUAAGGAAGUCGAUGAAAAUUUAGCCGAACAAAAUAACACGGAUCUUUUACCUCCAGAGUUGAAGGAAGCCAUAUUCGAAGAUUUGCCGCAUGAUUUAUUAGAUGGUAUUUCCAUGCAAGAUAUAUUUCCAAAAAUGACGUAUGAAGAUUUUUUAGCGAUGGAUUUAAAAAAUGACGGCACUUUUGCGACCGAUCUAUUCAAGGAUGAUAUGCUGGCAUCCGAAGUAGAUGAGAUUAUAAAACCACCCGAAAACAAAAUUUCAAAAGUAGAUCCUUCUUUGUUAGAAGUAGCACCGCAUAACGACCUUUGGGUUCACUUGGAAACAAAAACUUCUGUUCAAGAUUUGAUGGACGAUUUGUUGAAUUCUAAAAAUCAGAAACGCGGAGGCAGAGAAUUGAAGAGAUCUAAGUCAGAAGUAAUGUCGAAUAGUCCGUUAAUUGUUGGAGGACAAAGACACCAUCAACGAUCUUGCAGUUUGACUUGGAGUUGUAAAUUGGAUAAUCCUUAUGGUCCCGCUAUAAAGAGAAGAAAAUUAUCGAGGAACUCGAGUAUGGCAAAAUCUAACGAAACGAGCGUGAUGGUGUUAGAUUCACAAAAUGAGCGUCCACCUACUUUACACGAGUUAAGGAUUCCGGAUAGUAUCAUGGUUACCGUGGGCAGAGCAAAUACACCCAACAUCUUAUCCGACUCGAUGCGAGAAUUAAAAUAUUGUAUCGAAGAUGCAAAUAGUAUUAAUCGUCGGAUAUUAUCUACGAACCGUGAAGAGACAAAAGAACACAAACGACUCUUCUGGCAUGCAAGGCAACAGCCGCGAAUAUUACAAGUUGACGGACCGGCCGAUCCAAGUAGUGCUAGUGAAUGUAGCUCACCAGAAUACAACGUCGAAGAGAACACUACAGAGUUACGUGUACCAGAACACUUGUCUAUCCCACAGUUAGAUGGUAUCAACGAUGAAUCCUCUUGCGACAGUAGCGAAUUUACUUUAUCCGUUGAGAAAGACAUUAAUACGAAAGCGUCGAACAACAUUUUACGAUCAAAACGUAUAUAUGGAUUCAUCAGAUCGCAUAUCGCCAAGAACAACGAUAAACCGCAAAAAGUAAAGGAAGGUGACAACUUUUUGAAUUCUUCAAAAUUUGCUACACACAAGAUUAAUUUUUUUAGAGAAAAUAAUUUGAAAUUAAACGUGGAAAUUCCUCAAUUGGACGGAGCCGAUGAUAUUUCCAGCGACGAUGAGUGCAUAUCACCGCAACAUACCGAAAAUGAAAGACACGCUAACGUUACUUCUCAAUACGACAUAGCGUUCGAUCACAUAGAUCGUCCGGUAACUUGUAAACGGUGUCGUUGUACCUACAGAACGCAAGAUAGUUACAACAGACAUUUGACGCACUGUGAUAUCAUGAUAACAAGUGACAGUGACUCGGAGACUAUGGAUAAUAAAUUGACGUCGCCGGAUUCUAGAUUUUCGCCGAGUAUUGGUUCCGUGUCUCCGCAAUUUAUAACUCUAUCGCCAUCAGAAGGACAUACUCUUUCUUCCGACUAUCCAGACAUGCAAGCUACGUCACCAUUGGAAGCUUCUGUACCAUCGCCUCAUCCAGCCAUUCAAAUCGAACCGAUAGCGCAAGCAAUUAUUACACCACAAAUUCAUACGCACGCCACUGUGGAAACUGUUCACCAAACAGUAUUAACAUCUAACGAUAUGAUUGUACAAACACAAUAUACUAGAACAACAACUACAUUACCAAAUGCUACAGUAUUACCUCAAGAGAGUACUGUUCAAAUAACAGAAAUUACAGAUCCACCAUCUGUUGCGAGCGAUUCUAGUAUUACACAGAAUAUGAUCAGCACGCCGAUAAAUUCGCCAGGAGGUGCGAGUUCUCAAACAGUCCCAAGCCCGCAGGUAUCGCCUACAUUUUCCUCGACCGGUGUACAAACCGCAGGCAACGAGUCGCACGCAAAUAUUCAGACAAUAAAAUUAGCUAAAUCAAAAUCUCCAAGAGCACCGAAGUCUCGAACAAAAGGCAUUAAAACGCAAAUUGUGAAAAAUACUGUUCAACCACCGAAUGGGCAUCCUAGGUUUCAACCACUGCAAAAUAAUACUCCGGUUAUACAAUUGCAACAGGCUCAAAGACCAAGCGCGCCAACUGUAAUAUUACAACAAGUUGCGUCUCCUAGUAUUAUGUCUGCGUACGUCGAAACAUUGCAACAACAGUCUGGACAAAAUCUUCAGUAUGUAACAACGAUUGGUGGUCAACAUGAAACCGCAUUUAAGCCUCAGUUCAUAACAACUAAUCAUUUAGUUCCUGGUGCGUAUAUACAAACACCAUCUGAUAAUCUGUUAGCAUUGCAAAACGGAGGUAUAUCGAUCUUACCAGGCGUACAAAUUGCUCAAACGCAACCGACAGUCCUUGGUACGAUUAUACAGCAACAACCCAGUGCAAUUCAGUGCGGAGUUAUAUCAUCCGAGCAACUAUUAUUGAGCUCAACGCCAACAUUGGAAAUGUUUACCGAUUCAACGGGUAGUAUGUUUCUUUCGAAUCAACCGAUGUAUUACGGUUUGGAGACUAUUGUGAGCAACACGGUAAUGUCUUCCAGUCAGUUCAUGACUGGCACCGUACCACAGGUGUUAGCAAGCAGUUACCAAACAACAACGCAGGUUUUUCAAGCUUCUAAACUUAUGGAACCUAUCGUGGACGUUCAGGCUGUUCCAGGUAUUCCCACUGUAACAGCAAUGCAGACUGUACAGAACGUACCUGGCGUACCCGGAGUUCCUACUGUACCUAACGUUGCUAACGUACCCAAUGUAUCCAAUGUACCCAAUAUAGCUAGCAUACCUAGUGUAACCAAUGUACCUAAUGUUCCGAAUGUACCCACUAUACCAACUAUACCCGCUGUAUCCUCUGUAUCCACUGUAUCCAAUAUAGCAAACAUCACAAAUAUACCAAGCGUAUCCAACGUUCCAACAAUACCCAAUGUACCUAGUGUACCCAGUAUACCUAACGCACCUAGCAUACCUAAUAUACCUAGUGCAUCUAGCAUAGCAAGCAUACCUAGUGCACCUAGCAUACCUAACUUACCUAGUAUGCCCAAUAUAACAAAUAUACCUAAUGCACCUACUUUACCUGGUACUUCUAACAUACCAACGGUACCAGUUCAAAAUGUAUCCAAUGUUCCCACCCUAUCCUCCAGCGUACAAUCCGUAGGGAAUGUUUCGAACAUGCCUACGGUACCCAGUGGUUAUGUAGUUGUAAAUCAGUCUACGCCCAUAGCAGAGUCUGUGGUAACACCACAAAUUAAUAUACCUGCAACACCUGAACGAAGCUUUACGUCAGCCACGUGUAAUACCAUAUUCCCUGUGUCCUGUCAAAGUGUUGUUGAGCCAAUAGCAUCCGUACAGUUACCGGAAACAUGCACAUCGGAACCUCAAGCUACAACAAGAGUUACACCGUCUCCUAAAUUGUUGCAAAAUUCCAUACCAACAAUACCAAGAGUAGCUGUACGCCCGAGUCCAGUUUCUAAUUCCACCGCGCAGCUAAACAACGGACCAUGGAAACUUACAGAAUCACUAUUUGGUUCGGAACAGAUUAUGAGCAAUAGCGUCCAACCAUACUUCGACUCGAAACAUGUAUCAGAGAAUACCAGUAUGAUAAAGUCUAGCAUAUCAUCUAAAAUACUCCCAUUACCUAAUCAUUGUAUAACUCAAAGGGAUAUAAUUGUAAAUAAGUUAAAUCAUGAUGUAAAUAAUGUGCAUAAUAAUUAUAAUAGUAUCGUAUCGAAUUCAAACAAUAUUAAUGUAAGUACAAGUAAUAAUCCGGUUAACGCCAGCUCGACCGUACAAAAUAAGAUCACGAUGUCCACGUGCAACGUACCAACGAGUCGACCGAUGAACAGAGUAUUACCCAUGCAAGCUGUAACACCGAAACAAGAUACGACUAAAGUCACGCAAAAGACGGAUAUCAUCAUAGAGGAGCCAACGAAACCAGUGAUCAAACCAGCGGAACCAGAGCUAGAACAAAAACUUACAGAGUCCAAGAAGCAAAUCGUCGAAACUAUAGUACCAACGGCAAAGAAACCCGAAACGACCAUAAGCGAUAUUAACGAGACCUUGAAACUAAAUACCGAAACCAUCGAAAAGGUCAAGGAAAACUUCAAGUUGGAACUGGACAAAGAGAAAUUACAAAAUGCCUCGUUGAAAAUAGUGUUGCAAAAGCAGCUGCAAGAUGGUUCUUAUAAAAUUACACACAACAUGAAAGCAGUGGCCCAGAAUAAGAAGUCACCGCAAGUAACGUCUGUAGAAAUAUUGCCGUCGAAGCAGGUACCUCAGAUAGCCUCGUUGCAAUUGUUACCGAUAAAAACGUUUACGUUGAAAACAAACAAGGUCGACGAAAAGGUGAAACCCAUCGAUAACAAAAUAAACAUGUUAAAAAACAAAACUCCGCCGGUUGCCGUUAAAAAGCCGAGGAUCGUCAGUAAAUCGAUUAAAUCUAUUUCGCCCAGCUUACAGAGUGCACAAACUCAAAAGAGCUGUGCCAGGGGGCCGACUUUAAUGUACGAGAUCAAAUCGCAGGAUGGGUUCACUCACACCGCAUCUUCGAUGGCUGAAGUAUGGGAGACUGUGUUUCAAGCUGUUCAGAGCGCUAGAAAAGCUCACAAUUUACCUCCGUUACCUCACAAUCCUCUUAUCGAAAAUAUGGGCUUGGAAAACAACGCCACGGUAUACCUGGUGGAACAGCUACCGAACGUGAACAAAUGCAGUAAAUACAAGGCCAAGUUUCAUAAUUUAGCACCACCUAAAACUGGCGAAACGGAAGGCGAUUUACCAAAGGCGUGUGAUAAUGGUGCUGCCCGCGCGGAGCCGUUUAAAGGAAGGAAAGUUCACGAUAUGUUUAGUUGGCUUGCAUCCAGGCACAGGCAGCAACCAAAAAUGAUCGCUAUUUCGGAGGCUGAAUCGAGGCGAGUGGCGAGCACAAAUUUGCCAAUGGCGAUGCGUUUUAGAAUACUUAAAGAAACAUCGAAGGAAUCGGUUGGAGUGUACCAUUCUCAUAUACACGGUAGAGGUUUGUUUUGUUUAAGAGAUAUCGAAGCUGGAGAAAUGGUUAUCGAAUAUGCCGGCGAGGUAAUUCGAUCCUCUCUGACAGACAAACGGGAAAAGUACUAUGAUAGUAAAAAUAUAGGGUGUUAUAUGUUUAAAAUUGACGACCAUUUGGUUGUCGAUGCUACAAUGAAGGGAAAUGCAGCGAGAUUUAUUAACCACUCGUGCGAGCCAAACUGUUACUCGCGAGUGGUGGAUAUCCUAGGUAAGAAGCACAUUUUAAUUUUCGCUCUCCGACGCAUCACUCAAGGGGAAGAGUUAACGUAUGACUACAAAUUUCCUUUCGAGGAUAUUAAGAUUCCAUGUACCUGCGGUUCCCGCAGAUGUCGUAAAUACCUCAAUUGAGACUGCGUAUACAGUUAUCGUAAGCAGCCGACAGGUCACCGCAAACAUAUGUGCUAUAAUUGCGCGCGCUUUGGAAUAGGAUUCAUUUUAUUGAACGUUAUUCAUUUAAUCAUCGAACUAUUUUCAGAGAUUGCAGCUUUUUAUUACUAUAAUGGAAAUAGAUUAUACAUUUAAAAUAUUGUAUUAGAAGGCCAGAUAUAGUACACGAAACAUCGCGUUAUGACAAUGUUACUUUAAACGGCUACGCAUCGUAGUUGAUUUAAGGGGGUAUACUUGUAGCAAUAAAUGAUUGAAUAUGUCCUGCUUUCAUACCCGGCGAGCCCCGCGUGCCCUCGUCACGUCGCUACUCAUGAAAGUGUUAAUUUUAUCCACGCCUGUGCUUUCACGCACGUCUUCUAGACUCUACUUAUUAUCUACUAUUGAGGCUUAAAGUGUACAAGUUAUCGUCACUUUACACUAAAUCUAAAGCGCCUUUAGCUUAUAUACAUACACAUACGUAUGUGUAUAUCGUUUUUAUAAUAUUUUGAGUUAGAAUUCUAAAGACUCUAUCUACGAUUGGACCAAUGUGAAAUGUGAAAUUUGAACGAAAAUGCGUAGCACAAAAUCGACGUACUUAUAGGGAAGCUUGCGUUUUCCACGACCGUUACUUACAUAUUUUUUUUAUUUUUUUUUUUUUUUUUUAAAUUCAUCUAAACAUGGAAACGGACUAUGUUUACUACGCAUUAAGCAAGGACUUGAAACCAAAAUUCUUGGGUAUCGGUCAUUUUUCGGUUAAAUCGCACCGAAACCUGUGGAACCAAAGAAAUACUGAAAGUGAAAUCGAUAUCGGUAUUUUUCUGGUUUUCAAUUUACCCGACAAGAUCUUUAUGUGACUUAUUGAAGUGUAUACAUGAUAUACAUAAUGCAGACGUAACGUUAACGUAUACAUACGCUGAUGCAUACAAUGUAUAUAAAAGCUUAUAAAAAAAAUUAUACAAAAGAAGUGGGGUUUCAAAAGAAGAAAUGUUGCGUAAGAAAUUGUUUACCGGUAUGACGUCAUCCCGGUAUUUUCAUACCUCUAUUUCUGCAAAGGUUUCUUAUAGACGUAACCGGAAAAUAUCCGUAUAAAACCGAUGCAUCGCGUUUCGGUUUGAGUCCCUGAUAUUAAAUAUUAAAAAGAUCAUCGUGAAUAUAACUUGUAAAUUAACAAACACACACACACACACUAUUCCAUGUGAAGUUCAAUUUUACGCGUAAUGGUAUAGAUAUAUCAUUUAUUGGUAUAAUUGUAGAUUUACAUGUUUUAUGUAAAAGUGAAUUUAGUGUACAGUGUACGACUAACUUUGUGACAUUUCAUGUCUGCUGUAGGGCCAGAUUUCAAAUGUUCUUGUAAAAUAUGUAAUUGUUAGAUUAGACAUUGUCUUGAUGUAAGUACAGCUACCGGUUUAACUUAAGUUAACGAUAUAGAAAUUAAGGGAAAAAGGCGCGUGCGUAUGUGUGUGAGAAAGAAAGAGAGAGAGAGAGGGGGGGAGAGAAUGCAAGAAGGAACAGUUUCCUAGCGUGGGAUACUGUUUGGAAGGUGUACCUACUUUGGCAGACAUUGAUGAUAUUUUAAGUCUUGUUGUAGUAGAACAAAAAAUACGUGAAACGAAAACUUGCUUCCCGAUGAAAUUAAAGUCUGUUCGUUUCAAACGGUGGAUUAUGUACGCGUAAUAUUAUUUUGAUAUUGUUUUUUUUUUGUUUUUUUUUGUUUUUUUUUUUUUAAAUAGAUUUUUAAACAUUGCACCCAUGCGUUUGUGCUUCCGCCUUGCCAAUUAUACAAUAUUAAUCUCAUUACUUUAUUUUUUAUAUAUUUAACGAAAGCCGCCGUAGAGAAAAAAGAAGUUUUAUUUUACAGAAACUCGAUGGAACCGCUAAUUGUAUAAGAUAGUCGACGAAGUUUCUGUCAAAACAAAAUCUUUCACGAAUUGUAAAAAAAGAAAAAGUCAAAAAAAAAAACGAACGAACAUCAUGAAACUAAUUACGUUGACAAAAUGUAAAAAGGAUAAUUAGAUCAUUGUUUGAAGUAAACUUUUCUAGAGCACGAUCUAGAAAAUGUUUGUGAUAUUUUCCCACAAUGGGAAAAAAUUAUAAAUGUUCUUUAUAGGAAUAUAUUUCAGAUUUUUACGGAUAACAUUGACAUGUUCCGUAAAAAAAGACACCUUUCUGUGAAAUGCAGUUUUGCCUUACCUUUAAUGUACCUACGCUUUAACCCGGUGAUAGAUUUAGAUAUACCCCGAUGACUUAUAUUCAAACUGAAGAAAAAAAAAAAAAACUGUAAUUGCGUCUAUGCAUCGAUUAAGCUAUGAUAAAGUAUUUUAGUGCGAUUAAUCAAUUUCUGCCGAGGUGGUUGUCCCUUAAAUUUUUGGUGCUCCAUGGACACCGUUAAGUGCACUUUACAAUGAAAAAAUGGCCUAGAGUAAGAGAUAGUAGAUGGCAGCGGAAGAGUUUGAUAAUAAUAAGAAAUGCGUUAUACGAAGAAUAUUGAUCGCGAAUUAUUUAAAGAAGUAAUAUAAAGAAUAAAUGAUGGCAGGAACAUUAUUUGUGCACGCGAGUAAUGUCGGUCGUGCGAACAAUUUUAAUCGGCCUGGUUUGGUACAAAAUGCGUACGCUGAUUUGUAAAAAGUUAUAAAACAAGGAAAAAAUGGAAACUUGUUCUGGUCACGAGAAAUUGCCAUUUUUUUUAGGUAUUUUGAAUCUUUUUUUUUUUUUUUUUAAAUAUUAUGAUUACCAGUAAUUAGUAACUAUUAUUGGAAAGAUGAAUAUUGUUAAUAUAAUGAUAAUUAUUUUUAAUCUGUAAAAAAAAAAAAAAGGUAAUACGAUAUAAGAAAGGUAAUUUACUUGAAAAUAUAAUAGCAAUGUUAGAUAUUUUAUUGAUAUUUAUUACUUACGGAUGACGGUUCUAGGGUUGACGAGAAGUACUAAUCGAAUUGAAACAUGAUUUAGAACAUGGUGCACACGAUGAUCUAAUAUUGUUGAGAGAAACUGGAUAACACGAAUGUCAACUUUUCUUUUCACGAAGAAAGAAUGCAUUCUCUCUUCUAGAUGCACUGAAGUAAUUGUUACAUGUCUGAUCAAUGACACCAGAUUAUUUGGGAUUAUUUGGGAUUAUGAAAUAUAAAAGGCAUUUGAUAUACUUUAUAUUCCCAUAGCAGAUUAAUAUCCAUGGUGAUUGUAACCGGCAAGUCUAUAUCGAGUAUAUACAUAUAUACCUACGUAUCGAUGAACAAAUUAAGGACAUCGUUUCUUAAUUGUAUUUUUUAUUUAUAAAAACGUGAAAUGUUUUACGCUCUUACUGUCUUACACUUUUCUUUUCUUCUUUUCUGUGAAGCUACAAAGAAUUUGUCCGAGCGCUUUCUGAAACAUACUCUAUAUCGUUUAAAUAUGAUUCCCUAACUCGCGGAGUGUGUACAAGCUCCUUUAGUAUUACGCAUUCAGCCUCCAUUAUUAUCGUUAUUAUUAUUACAAUUAAUUAUAAUCUACACAAGAAGAAUAGCAUAAUACAUCACCACUCAUACUGCGCACCGUUUGUUUACUACACCCAUCAGCACCCAUUUAAAAAAAAAAAAAAAGAAAGAAAACGUAAAAAAAUAAUGAAGCGAUUCCGUGUGAAAAAAAAAACGAGCAAAAAAAAACCGACGUUAGAUGAAAUAUACAAUUGUAAUCAUGAAAUUUGAAUCUGUAUAUGUAUACUUUAUCCUCGACGUAAAGUUGCUUUAGGUAAUGGAAGUGUUGGACAUCUGCUAGUUUGGUGUGAUAAUGAAAAUGAGUGGUUAAGUUAUUCAUGGAACUGUACGGUGCCCGUUAUUAAUUUUUACGACAAUUUCAGAGCAUCGCAGCGUUACAUCCUCUUGAAACCGAGCGUUUCAAUAUCUCUUCAUGUCCGUUGGAUUUUCGUCGUUUUUAUUCGUAAAAUUAAGGAAUUAAGAAAUUGAAAUGUAAAACGCUUUUAAAUGAAGGAAAAAAAAAAAAAGAAACAACACAUGUGUAAACGAAAGAAUUACUACUACUCAAACUAUUGUAAUUGUUUAAAGAAAAAAUGAGGAGGACGAGGAAGGAAAAACGAUUGCUAUUGAUAAAUUUGAAAAGGGAGAGAGAAAAAAAUGAAAGGAAAAAUGGAUAAAAUUGUCUGUGAUUAUCAGUCAUAAUAAUCUUUAGGUCGACAUAUUUUUUAGAGAAUAUUUUUUAGCAAAUUACAAAAUUUAUGAUAUACCCCUAUUAUUGAUAUGAUAUUGGAUCAGACACGCUACGCAUAAUAUUAAAAAUGAAAGAAACGAAAAUGAAAAACAAAAAAAAAGGAAAAAAAAAGAUGAAAAUUGAAACUGUAAAAGUUGCAAACUGUUUAAUAGAAUUAUGAGUAGUUGAGAUCGAUGGCUGUUGUAAAAUAUUCAGUGUUUGGACAAAUAAUUAUUGAAACUAUUUAUAAUAACUAAUACCGAGGUAUAUAUUAUUGUAUCCGAUACGUAUAGUAGCGUUUUUAUCUAUUGCGUUCGCGUAUUCGUCAGGAUAGAUUAGAGUGAAUUCGGAUCGUAGGGAUCAUCGUACGAGACGAAAUCAUGAUUAAUGUAAAAUUCAACCGAAGAGACGCUGCGGGCAAAUGGGACGUAUAUUACUGUACGCGUUCAGCGUGUAAAGUGUCGUUAAUAAAUUUAUUCACUUACUGUAGGGAACUUAUAAAAGUAACCGUAAUAUUUACAUUAACCAGAUGAUAUGCGUAUCUGCAUAGAAGACACAUAACCGCUUUCAUUUCACACACACACACACAUGCACACACACGAAUACAUACAGAUAGACACACUAUACCACAUACGUACUGCGAAGGGCAUAACUGCACCAAUAACAACAGAUUUCGUGAAAUUCAUUUGGUAUUGUCAUUAACAUUAACAUAAGGUAUACAACAAAUACAUAUAACAGAAACAUUUUGCACUAUUUAAUAUAAUCUAAACAAUUUUUCCAAGUUGUCAAUGGUGUAUUGCUCACCUGCAAGCUAUUAAAACUAGAAAAUUAUAUUGCUAAAAAUAUCGUGCAAAAUUGUACCAAUGUAUAUUCCUUGUUGCAGCUGAUCAUCAAUACAUGGGCAACUUGAAAAAAUUCUUUGCAUUACAUCAAAUGGUGCAAAAUAUCUUAACGUUAAGGGCAACAUAAAAUGAAAUAUACGAAAUCUGUGGUUAUUGGUACAGUUGUGCUCUUCACUGUACAUACACGGAAAAAAGAUAGGACACACACACACACACACACACACCCGUACGCCCAUGUUUUGUAUUUAAAUGUUUUGUUAGUAUUAUAAUAUGAGAAAUUAACAAAAUAAAAACGCAAAUGGAAAUAUA